AUGAGACCCUCCUGGUUCGCCUUGUCCCUGGUGCUAGGAGCCUCUGCUGUCGUUGUCGAGGAGCGCGCUGUCUGUACCACGAAGUUUGUCAGCAACUACGACAAUCUCAAUGCUCCCGCCCUUGUGGACUCUCUCAAGACUGUUGGAGUAUACAAUGGCCUCGACUACAAUGGAUUCUCUCCUGCUGCCCCUCCUGCAUUCCUUGGAGGCGUUAUACCAAACACCAAGAAGAAUGUCAUUGUCGCAUCCCUAACCAGCGACAUACUCAAUCUCGGCACCGACUCACUCAAGAUUUUUGGCACUAUUGCUGCCCAGAAACCCGUCAUUGGCUUUGACCUGACCAGCUUCUACUUUGGUUGCACCCUAUUCACCCCCGCCUCGUCGGCCACGAUUCCGCUGAGCUGUACCAUUUCGGUUGCCGGCUUUUAUGCCAACGGCAAGCCCGCACCGACGGUCAAGUUUUCCUUUUCACCGACUGCGGGCAUCUUGGCCCCGUCGGCUAUGAAACUGGCCGUUCUCCCCACGACCUACAGGGCGCUCAAGAAUGUCACUAUUGGUGUCGAUUCUUCUCAGGUUAUCGUACCCGCUACCGCUUUGGCCUUGGAUUCCGUUUCCCACUGCAACUACUAA